CCCGACAUCUGCAGUUAAACCCCAGAGCAGCAGGAGAAGAAGAGUCCUCCGCCUCAAACUACCGACAGUUGACAACAAAGUGCGAAGAGGAAACCAGAAGGAAAGCGAAGGGGAGAGAGACUUUCUCCAUCUCUACAGUAAGGACACUAUUUUCUUCAAAAACUGAUGUCUAGCUUUACGAUUAAACCACAAGGUCUUUAAAACAGAUAGUGGGUUCAGUCAAUAAUUGCACAACAGGUGCGGCUUAGUUAGCGUUAGCUGUGUUGUAGCACCAUACUUCAUAAAAGCUGAAGUUAACAAACGAUCGAUUAUGGAUUAGUGAUCGAUAAAUAUCUCUGUGUUUUGCGUGUAACUAACGUGUUGAUUUGGCUCAUUUUAACUCGUUCACUCAGGUUCGUCGUUGACUUCAGCUUACGCCUGCUAACCAAACCACCGCCUACCGAUGUUAUUAUUUGCUAAUGCAAUAUAGUUUGUACAUGUGAAUAUAAAAUUAUUUUGAUUUUCUUGUUUUUAUUUCAUUGAAUUUUAAAGCGUAAAUAAAUUGGGUGGAUCGUUGCCUACCUGCUGUGUGUUAUUGGCUGGUCAAAAUCAGCUGAUUGACAGGUGACUUUGUAGUAAACAGAGGAUCGUAUCAUCCUCGUACCAAUGUCAGUCUUGUACGAUCAAUGAAAAAUGUUGAUCAUUAAAUAAGUCACAGUUUAACCAGGUUUGUCAUCUUUUUUACUGUAUUAGAGCAUCAGCGUUACCACAGUGGGAGUACGGAAGCUUACUAGAGCUCUAGGUCACAUGCUGUCCUGUAAUCCAAAGAUAAGCCCUGUGUGGUCGUUUUUACUGUUGGCAAUUGUGCUGCUCAGCUGGAAGAUAACGCCAAAAAUGUCUUAGUAUUUAUAUCAAGCGCCAAACUCUGUCGACAGUACCAAGACUACAGUAUGCUUUCCAUCAGCAAUCCGCAUUAAAGCUUGCUAAAAGUCCAAAGUAUAGUAAUGAAACAGUUUCUCUCAGUGUGGCCACAUUCCUGCUAUGAUCAUGAGAUCAGCAUGAGGGCAAGCUGACUGAUGUUUUAAAAAUUCUCCUUUCACCACAUGCUAUGCCUCUCACCACCAUGCUAAACUGACACACAACUGAUACAGGUCCCCCUCAUUAUUAGUGAUCUUAACGCUGGUGUGCCAGGCAGGAGAAAGUGCUGAGUGUAGCAGCAUUCAUUGUCUCCCACAUACAAGAGAUAAAGAGUUAAUUAGUUGCACCUACUAACUAGGGCCCGACCAUAUGUAUUUUUUGGGGCCAAUGCCGAUACCGAUUAUUGGGGGGGGGGAAUAUCCGAUUACCGAUUAAUCGGACUAUUUUUUAUAAUUUUUUAUGAAGUUAUAAAAUCUAUAUGUACUGUAGAUAUCUACCGUAUGAAGUUGACUGUAGAUAUACUGUGGGCUCCUGUUCUUCACGGUAACAGGAAGACUGACUGAGCAGAAUAGCGUUUUCAACGCCCCCAGCCCCCACCGAUUGGUGCCUCUCCGUCUUAACUCACAUUACACAUUUCCAGUCCAGUCUCAUCUGGAGACAUGCAGCUACCUCAGUAAGAGAAGUAGCUCGAUCAUGUAAUGUUUACUGUUGUUUAUUCUACCGCUACUAACAUGGCUAACAGUGUAGCAAGGCUAAUAGUAGAUGGCUAACUCUAACUUUAGCUUGCAUAUUACAUGGUGCCUCACCGUUAACUCGACGUGACCGAGACCAGCACAGCGGGGAACAUCGUGAAGUGGGUUGAACUGAAACUUGUUGACUUAUUGUGUAUUUCACAAAUUAGUUUAUUUAACGUUGAGGUGGACCACUCUCCUCUGUGCGUCCCUGAGCUGCCUGCUGCAGAUCUGUCACUCUGCUGUGCUGUGAGGUAUUUAGUGGAUGAAGAUUGUCAUGAGGGUGCUGCGCCAUCUACAGGAUAAGUUGGUGAACUUUUCAAAUGGUGGAACAUUUUCAAAGUGAAACCGAAUCUUAUUCUCUGCAUUUGAUUUCUGAAAAUAUCUGCAAAGAUCGGAGAGUUUUGGCUGAUUACCGAUCGGUCUCAAACAGGCUAAAAUUGGCCGAUUUAAUCAAGUCGCUGAUAUAUCGGUUGGGCCCUACUACUAACAUAUGUUUUGUUUGUUUUUAUCUCUAGGUUUUGUUUGAUUUUUGAGUGCUGAGCACUCACAUCCAAAGGUGAGAUGGGGGAACUCUUCAGAAGUGAGGAGAUGACUCUGGCUCAGCUCUUCCUCCAGUCAGAAGCUGCCUACUGCUGCGUCAGUGAACUGGGAGAGAUUGGGAUGGUGCAGUUUAGAGAUGUGAGUCAAAUGUUGUCCUGGUUGCUUCAUUAUGUUCUCCUAAUUGAAACACGCUCUUGAGAACUGGUACCUUUUGUGCAGAACAGCCACAUGUGUAACAUUGUUGAGAGAGCAUGCCUUCUGCAUCGUGUUCAUCAUGUGGUCACAGCUGACCCCUCAUUCCACGCAUGAGAAAGUCCAUUUCUGCAGAAACCUGAGGGUGGCUUUGUGUUCGGGUGUAGCAUGAGCUCUAACAGAGGACAUCUGUGCAAGCAUUUCAUCCUGAGUAACAUCUACAGAGUUACAGAGUGUUAACAAUCUUAAUAUAGUUUUGAGUCAAAGUAUUAAAAAGGACAUUUUACACAAGCUGUAGGAGUUUAGAGAUGGACUUGUGGAGAAGUGUGUUUUUUUAAAGGGAAACUGCAAAGAAUUUGACCACAUCAAUAAAUUAUUCACAAUGGAUGAGAUUCAGUUUCUGAUGUAAGGAGAAACCAUUUCCUGGUGCUGCAUGUUAAUUCAUUUCCUUUUAAAUCCUACUUUGUUAACUUUAUUUAUUUAUUUAUUUUGCAGCUCAAUCCUGAUGUGAACGUGUUCCAGCGCAAGUUUGUCAAUGAAGUACGACGAUGUGAAGAAAUGGAUCGUAAACUGAGUAAGUGGGCGCAAAUGCAUAGAUGGAUAUAUAACUCCAGUGCUGCCUUUGCCUGCUGGUAAAAAAGAUCUUAAUCUGCAUUUGAACCCUGUCUUUUGUCCCGCUGCUCUUAAGGAUUUGUGGAGAAAGAGAUAAAGAAGGCCAACAUCCCAGUGGUUGAUACAGGAGAGAACCCUGAAGUCCCGUUCCCAAGGGAUAUGAUCGACCUGGAGGUGACUGCUCUCUCUCUCUCUCUCUCUCUCUCUCUCUCUCUAAUGUAACAGUGAACUCUUUGCAUUUCUACUCUGAUAUGUCUUUACUUUUUAACCACAGGCCACAUUUGAGAAGCUUGAGAACGAGCUAAAGGAAAUUAACACCAACCAAGAGGCCCUAAAGAAGAACUUCCUGGAGCUGACUGAGCUCAAGCACAUCCUCCGCCGUACGCAGCAGUUUUUUGAUGAGGUCAGCAUCAGUGUGAGCAAAGGCCUCCAAGAACAAAUGAGCUGAGUGUGUUGGACUGAAAGAGAAGUUCAUCCUUUAUUCCAAACUUGUUUAUUACUCUGGUUGUAAUAUCUGAACCCCCUGAAAACAGCUAAAGGUGAUAAUGGUGGGGGUUUUAUUUGUAUGUGUGAGUUCUGUCACACCCUAACUUUAUUUUAGUCUAAAAAAAAAAUACAGUUCAAAUGAGGAAGAACAACUCUCCUCUAAAUUCUCUUGCCAGUGUUGUAUUAGCACGAUCACACACAAAGCAGCGCCUAUGCUGCUUGAUUUGACUGGCGGUGUUUCACUCGUGAUGGUUUACGGUUACUCACAUGGCCUCGACUGUCUUACACAAGCUAUUCAAAUCACCUAAUAAGCUUUCAAAUCUUAAACUCCGUCUCACAUAACGUUGGUACAGAUUUAAUCCUGUCUGCACUCCUCAUUGGGUGGGGUAAAGCCGUGCCUGCCCACCUUUGCCCAAAAUCAAUUCCACUUCAUUGCCUCUUCAGACAAAACUGGCUUCACUUACAUGUUUAUGAGCUGUUGUGAGCUUUAAUUGAGUGAAUCAUUUAGCCAAGCUCUUAAAUGUUAAAUCAUUAACAGACUUUUGUCUCCUUCUUGUCUUAAUCUUUGGUCACUCUUGAAACUCAUAAUAAGUUUGUAUUUAUUGUAAAAUGCACCUGAUGAGUAAAUGUACCUGAUGAGUGACUUUUUUACAGAUGGAGGAUCCCACUUUAUUGGAGGAAUCCUCCAACCUCAUAGACCCCAAUGAAGUCAACAGAGGGGCUCCUCUCAGACUGGGGUGAGUCCAGGUUUACGUUUUUUUUUUCCCUCAUUCAGGAGGAUUAAGCUUUUCUGAGAGAUCUCCUUUCUAUGCACUCCAGCCAUCUGUGACUAAAAGAGUGUUACAAACAGCCAAUCGCCUCCCACACAGCAGCUCAGACUUCCCAGCUUAGUCAGGCGACAAAGGUCACCCGAAGAGGAAAUCUCGUGUUCCUGUAGAUAUCCAGUAAAACUUUGUGAUCAGACUUUUGUAAGGAGAGAGGAAACUCCAACAUGACUGAUUAUGUAAAGGAAACAUCACCUGAUUUUGUUUACCUGGCAGGAAGUGAAGCAUAAAUUAUAUACAGUUUAUUUAAUCUGUUAUUAUUCAGAAGUUAUGACCCAGUUUUUUAAUCAUAAAAACAGGAAAAGUAAGAUUACAGAUUUUGGUCAGGCUAUAAAACCGGAAGGUGCUUUCAAAAAGUUCCCUUCAUAGCCUGUAAUUUUUUCAAACUUUUAGGACUGAUAAGUUGAUUUGAUUUGAUGAUAAGAGACACUUUACCAAGUUGCCAACAUAAACAUUGACAGAUUUCCUCCUUGUUUUAUAGAUUUGUGGCUGGAGUGAUUGGCAGGGAACGUAUUCCCACAUUCGAGCGGAUGCUGUGGAGAGUUUGCAGGGGAAAUGUUUUCUUGAGGCAGGCAGAUAUCGAAGAUCCUCUGGAAGACCCGACUACGGUCAGAACUGUUUGUCUCUGAAACCUUUAAAGCGCACUGUAAUUUGUGAACUCUUCUUAUUCCCUGUGUAGUUGAUCUAGUUCCUGUUUCAUUCCUCUCUCCUCUCAAAAGCCUAUUUUUUUUUAUGUUUCCACAGAGUGACCAGGUCCACAAGUCCGUCUUCAUCAUUUUCUUCCAGGGAGACCAGCUUAAGAACAGAGUUAAGAAGAUCUGUGAGGGGUUAGUGUCUGGCAAACAUGAGUUCAAUAUAGUGAAAUCCUCCUGGCCAAUCAGAUCAUAAUCUGCUCUUCUUCAUCCGUCUUCAGGUUCAGAGCUACCCUGUAUCCGUGCCCAGAAACCCCCCAGGAGAGGAAAGAGAUGUUGGCAGGGGUGAAUGCACGAAUUGAGGAUCUGCAAAUGGUAAAUACACUCCCGGCCAAAACCCCUGCACAGUGUUGACUUAUAAAUGCUGACUUGCACAAAAACACACGGAGACUGGUUAGUGCUCUUUUUUGUUUGUGCCUGGUCAGGAAACGUUUUUUUUUUUUCUUUUUCCCAUUAACUGUACGCAGCUGUACCGCCACGGGAAGUUGCGCAAGUCUGAAAUCAGUUAAUCCAGAUGAGUAAAUUAUUACAUUUAAUAUGGUUGCAUAAAUAACAGCUUGUAUAAGCAGAUUUUUUCUGUAUCAGCUACAGAUAUCUAAAAAUAAAAGCAGUAACUAGGAAUUUUCCAGAAUAGUUGGUAAAGAGAAGAUGAUUAUUAGAGGCUCUGCAGCAAAUCUUCAAAUGCCCCAUGAUGAAAAUAGGACGCUCUGCACUCAGAUAUGUCUGAUAUCAGCCGGCAGAACGUCUCCUUAGAUACCAAACUGCUGUGAUUGUACCUGCAGUGUUAAGAUGCUCUCUGGUGACUCAUUAUCUUUUCCACUUGAAUACCUCCUUGCUCAAGCUUUGCAGAACGUGUGGACUUGUUUUUAUCAUCAGACACUUUCUUGUCAUGUUACUCAGACUCCCAUUGUAGUCUGUUGAAAAUGAAUAACUCUCUACCACAUUUUUGUUCAAGUGUUAUGUAUUCACACACUCUUAAAGAUCACUGGCACUUUGAGCCGUUGGAACAGCUUGCAUGGAGCAUAUCCUCUCUCAGAGCUUUGUGUCAACAGGGGGACUGGUUAUCUGUGAUUAUAAUAGGGAUUGUUGGUGCUGUCUUAGUUUGGGAGCUGCAUUGGUGAAAGAAUGUCAAGCUAUUUGGGAAACCAUGGGCCAAGUGUGAGCCAUUAAGCUUCCCCACAGCAGGCGAGACUGUGCAUGUAGCCAGACAGCACGGAGCUUAAAUAUCCCUGCAUUUGCUGAUCAGAGGACUUAGCUCUGAAUGUGAGUCUCAUAGCAGCAUACGUGGGAAUAUGUGAUGUCUCUUUUGGGGAAAACCCACUGGAUUAGACAGUCUGCUGCUCAUUUUUUCGACCUACUGCUCAUUGAGGUCAUGUGACAGGCUGCCUGAUUAUGGCAAAAGUCAUACCGGGAUUAAUCACUAAUUUGAUAUCGCCAUCGUAUUCAUUUACUAAACUUAAAGCUUUUUGAAAUGUUAACACUUUAGAUUAGGGAUGGGAAUCACUAGUGGCCUUACAAUACGAUAUUAUUGCGAUUUUUAACAGUUUGCAAUACACUAAGUAUUGCGAUACAAUAUAUUGCAAUUUAUACAAUUUUUUCAACUGUUUAGCUAAUUUAGCAUUUGUCUUUCCUUCAUGUUUGUCUUAUUUACGCUGUAUUUUAUUUUCAUGUAGCACAUCUUGCAAACCUUAUAUAUAUUUGUUGUACUAACUUUCUCCUGCUCUAUGAUGUCACCUCUGCCAACCUCACUGGACAAACAGUUGAUUUUAUUUUUCCAUUAUCAUAGAUUUGACUUCAUAUUAACAGCUUAUUUGAAAAUUUGAUACUUGGUGAAUGAGACGACAUGUCAGUGACAAAAUGUCACGCUACUAUGCUGUAUCGAUUUUUUUCUCCCGCCCCUACAUUUAAAACAAAAAAUAAUUUUAAAAAGUGGAAAAGUCUAUCCGUCUGUCUAACUGGAACAAAACAGCAGAAAUAGUUUUUAAAAAAUUAUAUGUUAUUGUACUGACAGUGGCUUUUUACUUUAUCAAUAUUUCACUUUAAGAGCUUGAGAUUAAUUUACAAAAAAAAAUUAUAAUUUGAGACUUUAAUCUGUAGUAGAGAACUUUUACUGCGUUUUAUGCACCUGAGAUCUUCCACUGUGUAUAUUUUAGCACAGGCUGCAGGUCUGACCUUUCAUUUCCAACCCUUCACUUUAACCACAUCCAGACUUCAGCUUGAAUUUAAUUAUUUUCAUCCUUUCACUCAUUAGCAUCACAGCUUCUCUUUUGUGCUCCCAUGUUUCAAACACAAACCUGCCUCCUCUCCCUGAUUUCCUCUUUCCACAUGUAUCUGCAUGAUAGUUUGCAAGCUCUAGCACAUUAUAUUGAGGAUGUAACAGUCCUGAGUGAAAAAAAAAAAUCAGCAAACUCUUUGCACAACCAAACUUUGUUGCUCAAUGAUGUGAGCGUUUGAUGGGGAAGUUCAAGUGAGAGUUGUUUGAGAGGAGGACAGAGGAAGAGAGGAAAGGCUUGCAGCAUUCACUGCACAGGGCUAAAAAAGCACAGCAUGGCAGGCUGCACGGUUAUUGAUUUCACAACUUACAAAAUAUCAUUUUAGGAGCGUAGAAGAGUUUAUUUCCUAUAUCACAUAAGGUAGAUAGCUACGGAAACGUAUUGCUUUCACUGACAAAAAAAAAAAAAAAAAAAAGAGCAAUUUUUUUAGAUUUUUUUUAUUUUGCUUUACUAUUUUUGGGACACAUUUUUUUUUUCUUUCUGUUUUUCCAACAAUUUUUUUCUUCUGCUUUAUGUAAUAAUAUUUUUUCCACUUUUUCUGUUUUUUGGACAAAUUUUUGAUCAGCAUUCGUACUAUUUUUUUUUUCUUUUCUGUUUUUCAGACUAAUUUUUUUUUCUGACUGAGCAAGAUAGUUCAAAACCCUGCAAGAAUCUCAUACAAUCAGAUAACAUAAACCACCACGGCUGCUCCAAAUCAACGGAUUCUCCAGCUCCUAGAUAACUUUGACUAAGAGGUCAAUGAGAGUAAAGCAUGUUAUUAGUUAAACAUUUGUAAGGGUAUGUUAAUCCUGAAGGUGCCUGCACAAAGUAGACAAACUUAUGGCGAUUCCAUCUAUCUGACUUAAAGAAAGGAGUAUCUCCCAGUGUCUCAAAUCCCCCAAAAAAGUAAAAUUUGAUUCAACUAAACAAGUGGGCCAUGUGUGCUUCUAGUAAAUCGAGCAGAGGGGAAUGAAAGUGUCUGUUUUUAAAUGAUCAUGAUCCCAGAUAAAAGGAAAAACAAUUAGUCUGAAAAACGGAAAAGAAACAAAAAAACUCUAAAAAACAGACCUUUUUUUUUUGUGUGUGUGUGGAUGCGAUUAGCUUCCGUAGAUAGCAAUGAAUUUGCAGAAAUGGUUCAUAAGACCAUGAAUAACACUUACAAUAUUGUCAUGUAAAAGAUGUUGUCAUGGAAACACUUUCUACUACUUCCUCUCUUGUCUUUCCAAAAGGUGCUGAACCAGACUGAGGAUCACAGGCAGAGGGUCCUGCAGGCUGCAGCAAAGACAGUGAGAGUGUGGUUCAUCAAGGUGAGGAAAAUGAAGGCCAUCUACCACACCCUCAACCUCUGCAACAUCGACGUCACUCAGAAGUGUCUGAUCGCUGAGGUGUGGUGUCCUGUCUCCGACCUGGACUCUAUCCAGUUUGCCCUGCGCCGAGGGACGGUGAGUAGCUCAGUACAAGGAUGAAUUUGUACAAGUCAAGUGACCCCGGUUUGGUGGGUUUAGUUUAUGAUUCACAGACAGGCUCGGUCACUAAUUGCUAUAAAGUAGACUGUAGGUUCCCUGCUUAAUGCUGAAUCCAGAUAAACCAGUUUUUCAAACCAGCAAGUCCAAACCUCGUCACUCUUACAAGAGUGUUGGACGCACAGCGCACUCAUGCUCGUGUUUGCUCUCUGAUACCAGUAUUUACAAUCGCUCAGAGUUCAUUUAUUUAGCUUGAUCACCAUCAACUGGAGGGAAAACAUGUUCAAAUUUCAGACAGAAGUGUCCUCACCUUCACUCUCUAAAUUAUAGUUUUGAACUGAACCAAACUUCUUUAGCUCACUUUUUAAACAGCUGAGUUGCUUUAAGGAAAUUUGAUUGACCAGGUUUUGACUGCUCUAUAAAUAGUAUAAAAUUCACAAGAUUAUAUAGUUUCCUGUCCACCAUGAGACCAAUUUGGUGUAUGUUUAGUGUUACACUGUAUAUAUUUAGUUCUAUGCAAUACAAGGCUCUGUCUCCACUCUGAGUUGAUCUCUCAGCUGUCGUUUCUUGAAACAUGAGGCCUCAGUGUGCUGUAUGGAGAUCUUAUCUGCGACGUGACUUUCACGGUUCUACGCAGUUGUCUUGGUGGGAAAUUUGAACUUUAUUUUGAAAGCUUGCACUGUGGGGCUUCAUACCAGAUACACUGAGGAAAAACAGGAUACCCCUCAGUCAUGCACAGGUAGCUUUUAGCUCCACAUGCAUAUCAGCUCAAUUUCAGCAGUAUUAAUAGUAUUGAUUUAAAAUAAAUCAGGGGUGUAGUACUCCAAACUCUCAAGAACCCUCCAGGUUGAAAAGUAUCUCUUGUUUUAUGUUUUAGUCACUCUGAUCUGUGAUUUGUAGAUAAUAUGUAUCAAAAUCAUGUCUUUUCCUCGUAGGAGAAGAGCGGCUCGACUGUGCCGUCAAUCCUCAACAGGAUGCAGACCAAGCAAACCCCACCCACCUAUAACAAAACAAACAAGUUCACCUCAGGCUUUCAAAACAUCGUCGAUGCCUAUGGGAUUGGCAACUACCGUGAGAUUAACCCAGGUAAACACACACCUUUAAGUCAAGCUUGAGCUUUUCUCUGUCACUUCCCAGAUCAGCAGUGUCACUCUGAAUCUUCAAACGAUCAUCACCCAUUAUCACCAUGAUAGGACAUGUUGUGUAUUGUGACAGGUUUCACUCAUUUGUUCUUUCACCUGUCAAACCACCCUCCCUCAUGUGCUGCCUGCCUGCCUGUCUCCCCACCUUCGUGUCUUCAGCACCAUACACCAUCAUCACCUUCCCCUUCCUGUUCGCUGUUAUGUUUGGUGACUUGGGCCACGGUGUGCUCAUGACUUGUGCCGCCCUCUACCUCGUGUUGAGAGAGAGCCGGCUCAUGGCACAAAAGAACGAUAAUGAGGUAUGGACCCCAGCAUUGCCAUGUCAUCACCCCCACUUGUGGUAGACCAGCCCCAGAGCAGCACAGGGGCAUUUUACUCUAUCAUCAGAAUUACAGAGAUGCAGCUUGUCUGUUUAGGAGAAAGCCAACAGCUGCUAACUGAUCUGUUAUUGAUUGUUUCAUGGCAGAUGUUCAGCAUGGUCUUUGCAGGGCGCUACAUCAUCCUGCUGAUGGGAAUUUUCUCCAUCUACACUGGGAUCAUUUACAAUGACUGCUUCUCCAAGUCGCUUAACGCUUUUGGCUCUGGUUGGAGUGUCAGGCCGAUGUUUGAUCGAGCAGGAGGCAACUGGUCGUAAGUGUUUUUGGAUAUCACUGACCAAACUAAGUGCUGCAGUUGGCAUUAGCUCAAUUUACAAACCUGUUUGUUGUUACCAUGCUUUUCAGGACGUCAACACUUACCGACAAUAAAGUUUUGCAGUUGGACCCUGCUAUCGAUGGAGUGUUUAAAGGACCUUACCCCAUUGGAAUUGAUCCGGUGAAUGUUUUUCUUUGUAUCCUGUAUUUUUUGCGCAUAACAUGCUUUAAAGUCGUGUCCUAAAACCCUGUUAUCUAUCAGUUAGAAGUAUUAAUGAGUGUUUUUCUUGUCUCUCAGAUAUGGAACAUUGCCACCAACAAGUUGACAUUCCUGAACUCUUUCAAGAUGAAGAUGUCCGUCAUCCUGGGAGUCAUCCACAUGCUGUUUGGAGUCUCUCUCAGUCUCUUCAAUCACCUGUGAGCUUUUCAUCCUCCUUCCUCCUUAAUGUAUUCAUUUAUUUUUCUAUUUAUUUAUUUAUGUACAAUAUUAACUGGUCCUUUCUGACAGUUAUGUUUGUUAUUGUUAGUCCUUUCUCUCUUCUUUCUCUUCUCAUUGUCCUCUCACAUGGAUGCAGGUGUAUGCAUACGGAGGGUGAACAUUGUACAAUCAUAGUUAUCAUGAUUAUUUUGUUGUUGUUGUUUUGUUAUUUUAAUUCUGUUGAUUAUUUUUAUUUCAAUUAUUAUUAUGAUUAUUGAUAUUAUUAUACAAUUUUAUUAUAUAUAUAUAUAUAAAUAUAAAUAUAUAUAUAUAUAUAUAUAUAUAUAUAUAUAUAUAUAUAUAAACAAAUAUAUAUAUAUAUAUAUAUAUAUAUAUAUAUAUAUAUAUAUAUAUAUAUAUAUAUAUAUAUGUGUAUAUAUAUAUAAUUAUUAUUAGUGAAGGAGAAGGGUUGGGACUAGAUAAGACUUCUUCCCACUCCUUUUUGAACAUGGAUAACUUUUUAUCAUUUGUUGUUGUAUUCUUUACUUUAUUAUUUAAAUAAAAAAUCAAUCAAUCAAUCAAAUGUAUGCAUUGUUUCUGUUGGCUCGCACUAAUUUUUCGGGGUCAUCCUCUGUCUCUUGUCUGCAGGUAUUUCCAGAAGCCGCUGAAUAUCUACUUGGGAUUCAUCCCUGAGAUCAUCUUCAUGGCCAGUCUGUUUGGCUAUCUCGUCAUUCUUAUCUUCUACAAGUGGUUGUCAUAUGAUGCAAAGUCUUCCAGGGAUGCACCCAGUCUCCUCAUCGCCUUUAUAAACAUGUUCCUCUUCAACUACAGCGACCCCACCAACAAACAGCUGUACAGAGGACAGGUCAGUUGCUUCAGCAUGUUUUAUCACUUUUAUCACUCAGCACAGACAUCUAACUUCCUUUUCUUUCUUUCUCCUUCCUUCAACAUUUAGCCGAUCCUUCAGUCAUUGUUAGUAGUGAUCGCCCUGGCCUGUGUUCCUUGUAUGUUAAUCGUGAAAACUCUCAUUAUGAGGAGGCAGUAUUUGUGGCGGAAACACAUGGUGAGAUGAACACACCUGCUAGUGGCAUCUUUUGAAGCUUUACUGAUGAUUUUUCCAUUAAUUGUUGUUCAUCUUUCUAUCCUUCAGGGCACACAAAACUUCGGAGGGAUCAGAGUUGGCAAUGGGCCCACAGAGGAUGAGGCAGAAAUCAUCCAGCAUGACCAGCUGUCACAGCACUCUGAGGAGGAACCUGAGGUAAGGAGACAUAAUCUUCAUCUGCAGUGACAUUUGGCUGACAUGAGAAAGAAAGAAAACGCUGGUCUGCAGUCUGGUGAGAGGGGUGGCGGGUUCAAGGGGAACGCAGGUUAUGCGAUCUGCUCAGGUCCUUGAAUAAUGCACAAACCCAGCCGCAACUGGAAACAGAAACUGAUCCAUCAUGUUUCCACUUCCACUGCAGCAGGACAUUUCAUGAAUAACUGAUCAAGUCCACAUGACCACUUUUAGCUUACUCUGCUGAGAGUCAAAAUCAUGAAAUCUGAUUAAAUUUGUAAUCUAAUUUAUCAAAAGGCUCUAUGUUUGUUUAGUUUUGUGGUCACAGAUGAAAUAACCUGCUUGAUUCCACUUGGAAACGUCUGCUUACUUCUUAUUGAAACUUUGAAUGUCCUUUCUGCACGUGUUGCAGUGGCAGCGUCCUGAAAAGGGAUAGUCCUGCGUAAAUUUAAGUUAUGGUCAAACACAUCUUAACACAGAGUUAGACACCCCCUCGAGGGAUGAAUGUUGCAGACUGCUUGCUUCUCUAGUUAUACCAACUUUAGUAACAACCGCACAAUAGCAAUACACAGUGGUCUACGUCUCCACGAGCAAACCUCAAACAAGAAGCCACUCUACAACCACAAAUAAUGCUCAGAACAGCACCUAACUUCAUCAACAGAACAUAUAGGGUCCCAGCUAUAGUUCUAGCCAUCAAACAUAUUUUUAGCUUUGCCUAAUUUCUUUAGCAAAGAGACCAAACACAACUCACCUACUGCCCUCUAGCAGCCACUUGUUUGUGGGGGAGCCCUGACGAGUUGAUCACAGAGUGCAGCGGAGUUUCGCAGCUCAAGGAAGAACAUUUAUGAUCGUUACUUUAUCAUUUCCAUGAAGUAAUAAUCAUCAUAAUAAUGAUUUUGCACUGCAGACGUGGUAGUUCUUCUGCAUUAGCGUCUCGGUCUGAUUGCAUUUCCAUGAAGAGAUGAUCAUAAAUGUUCUUCCUUGAGCUGCGAAACUCUGCUGCACUCGGUGAUCCACUUCUCAGGGCUCCCCCCCCCACAAGCAAGCGACUGCUGUUUGUGUGCGGAGAUGUACACCGUUGUGUGUUGCUAUUGUGUAGUCGUUACUAAAGUUGGUAUAACUAGAGAAGCAAGCAGUAGGUAACAUUCGUCUCUCGAGGGGGUGUCUAACUCAGCGUUACUGUGUUUGACCAUAACCGGAAUAUCCCUUUAAAUGUGAAGUUCAACUUUUCUCCUUGGUCAGUAUGUAACUUAUUUUUCUUGUUACUUUCCUGUUUACUGAUGUCUGUCUGUCUGACGAUCUGUGUGCGUGUUUGCUGCCAAUAACCAAGCGUUGCCUUUUGUCACCUGCUGUCAAGGCCCGUGAGGAGGAAGAGGUAGGACAGGAGCUCACGCUGCACUUCAACCCUGCAACCUUUUCCCUCCGUGUCUAAGUGCAUGUCUUGCAAACCUGUCUCUCUCUGUCCUUGGCUUUGUCACUACUGUACAGUGUCAACCAUUGCUGCUCUUAGUGGUGUCUGUGAGUGUGUAGGAAAUCAUAUGUCGGUGUGUGAACGUUGGUGUCCUUUGCAGGAGUCAGUUGUUGAAACAUUGGUGCAGGUAUUCCUUAAAUGAUGGGUGCCAGCAGGACCUCUGCUUCCUAACCGGCGUGGUGUGCAUGAUGUGGGAUCUGUAGGGCAGCUGAUUCUCUGGGUUCAAAGGGUCCUUCUAGGUUUAUACUUUGCAGAUGUUGUGUUUAGAAGGUAGUGAAACAUCCAAACACCUGAGUGAUCAUGCACACACAAUUAACCCAACCUCUCCAAUGUGGACUCCAACGAGGACCUGCUGCAGAGAUGUUGUUUUGUCAUGGCAUUUGGUCUGAGUUACAUUCUGAUUUUAUGUCUCUGUCUCACAGUUUAACUUUGCAGAUGUAGCAGUUCAUCAGGCGAUCCACACCAUAGAGUACUGCCUGGGCUGUAUAUCCAACACUGCUUCCUAUCUGAGGCUUUGGGCCCUCAGUCUUGCUCAUGCACGUAAGUCCCCCUUUUCCCUCCCUGUCAUAAACAACAUAAAUAUCUUUUUCGAAGCACAAAUGUAUGACCUGCUUUUUGUGCCCCCUGUGCAGAGCUGUCAGAGGUGCUGUGGUCCAUGGUGAUGCACAUCGGCCUCUCCACCACCAGCAAACUUGGAGGCUUUAUCCUGGUGGCCGUAGUCUUUUACUUCUUUGCUAUUCUCACAGUCGCCAUUCUGCUCAUAAUGGAGGGCCUGUCAGCCUUCUUGCAUGCACUGCGACUGCACUGGUGAGUCCACUAGAUGUGUCAUAUGAUCUCUCUGCUCAGCAGUUGAACAUACAUCAACGUAGAGCCGAUUAUGUUUGGUUCCUCAAUGUUUGAAGACAGUGUGGAUUCUUGGGUUAUUUUGAAGUGUAGUUUUUUUUUGUUUUGCUCUCCUUGAACAGGUAUGGAAAGUAUGGAAAUAAAUUUGAUCAAUUUCCAGGUCCGAAAAGUAUUGAAAAAUGAAAAAUAACGUAUGGAAAAAUAUUUAUGUUUUUUCAUACUAUUACUACAGUUCUAAAAUUUUGUUUUCUAAAAUAGAAAAGUAGGUAUUUCCAACAAAGACUCUGAAAAGAAAGGGUAUGGAAAUUCCAACUGUGUAGGAACCCUGCUCGAACCAUGUCUCUAUGUUUAUUUUCAUGUACGUUUCUGCUUGCAUACUGAGAAUCUAGUGUGAAUACAUCUCCAUUCUGUCGAGCAGUCUACGUUCUGCUUGGUAGAAUGGAGCAGAAUGAGUUUUAAACAGUUUUAUAUGAGAACUAAGUGAUAUAGGUACGCUAAAAUUACCGUCCUGAAAGAGGAGAACUUGUCUUGUAUCGAAUGACCAACAGCACUUAAAACCUCAGACCUAUAGCUCCAUCUGCAGGCGGGUUUUAUACCCAUCUUUCUCUCAGAAGAUCAUCCCAAAGUGGGUUAGUAUAAAGAUGUUUUAAUGGCAGGGCAAUGUCUGUGUUUAUAUAUUUAUCUGAAAGAGAAAAAGGUAAUUAUUGGAGGAAACAAAAAAACAAAACCAGCCAUUAGAACCUGUGCGUGAUAACUGAAAUGAAAGCAUAACCCAGGAGCAAAUCAGUCACCUUGUUUUACCCUGAAAACAUUAUUAGAAAUUUACUUGUGGGAAAGCUGAGUACAAGAAUAAGUAAAGUGAUCCAGGAUCAUACUAGGUCAUUUUAUAUUUCACACAUACGGUUACACAAGUAAAAUUUCACAACAAGUCAUGUUAUAAAACAUGAAAAGUGACAGGGUGUCAGCUUCUCUAAAGGGUGUGUCUCAAUAAUAACAAAUGUUUGUUACUGUUCUCCUCCUUCUUUUUUUAGCAAACAUGUCUGUCCAUUUUUUUUUUUUUUGGUGUUAAGCUUUUCUUUUCUUUUCUGAUGCGUGCGUGGUAUGACUCCCUGGUAUGAGUCGGACAAGCCUUUGUUGUCUUUAUCCGGCUUCGCCAAAGAUCCUCCUGCUUUUUUUGUCACUCCACUGGCACGUUUUCAGGGCAUGUCCGUGUUGUUGCCACUCUUCUCUAAAAUAAUCCUUUACACGGAAACGUGGAGUGACUCAGCUUUCAUUGCAGGCCCUGAGGGAGAAUCAGGUGCAGUUCUGGCGCUGCUUAGUCACGACAAUCAUAAUAGUUUCUUUUCAGUUAUACCGUUAGGACACAAUGUGACAACUUAGUGUGACAGGUUAUGUAAUUGAACAAAUAUUCAAAGUAAUGAUGCUAGAGUGUGGUAAGGAUAGUUUUUAUGCUUUCUAGAGAAACAAAAAAGUGGGCUUAAAUCAGAUUACACUGGAGAGUUUUGUAGAUAACCAGUAAGUCUUACUUCCAUAAGCCUCUAUUUCUUUCUUUUUUUUCAACAAUCUGUUUAUUGAAUUUUUUAACCAUUUCAAAAAAAGCAGGAGCAUUAAAUAUGUAUGAAUGUCCCUGAGAGUCCAUUUUUAUAAAAAAAAAACAUAUAUAAAAACAAAUUCGUAUGCGAAUGUUUACGGAUGAUGGCUCAAACAUACAUAAUGAAUUUUCAAGAUAAAUGAAGAUAAAUACUUGUAAACAUAAACAUAUAUGUAAAUACAUAAAUGAAAAUGGUGGGCCGUGCAGAUGGCCGAGCAGGUUAGCACGCCCCAUGUAUGGGGACCAUCGUCUCUGCAGCGGUCGCCGACUCGAGUCCGGCCCCGACUAUGUGCUGCAUGUCCUUCCCACUCUUUCUCUCUGUCUAACCACAUUUUACCCUGUCCUAUCAAUAAAAGGGCAAAAAAAUGCCCAAAAAAUAAUUUUAAGAAAUUAAAUAAUAUAAAUAAAUGAAAAUGUUAAAAUAUAACCUGCAUGAUUAAACAACAUCAACAGCAAAAAUGAAUAAAUAACAUAAGAUAAAAAAAACAGAAAAAUAAAAAAACAAUUUCACCAUGGAGGCAACUCCUUAAAACCUACAUCCUGUACUAUAAGAUGCUUUGUGAAUAUCAGUGAAGAAUUAGUUCAAUUGCAGAGGUAAUGACUAAACUCCCCUAGCUAUGUCCAACAUACUAGAUAAGUACAAGUCACUAUUUCUACUGAGUUUGAACUCUGGGCACGCAAAGAGUGGUUUGGAUUUUCUAAGAAGGCAGAUUGCAGUCCGAGUUUUCAGAGUAAAAAUCUCCCACCGUCCCCUCUACUCUCUAACACCAGACUAUGGAAUUGAAGGUAUGUGUGGCACCUCAGUUUAAAGGUCAACCAGCCGUCAAUUAGCAUUCGCCUUUUAAAAAUAGAACCUGAUCAUUUUCCCAAAAGGACAAGCUCAGGUAUCCUGCCAGAGACCGGGGUCCAGACAGGAGCGGGCUGUGAAAUGAAGAGCAAGGGUCAUCAGCAACGACUGCUCUGCUCAGCAUUAUGCAACCUGGCACCAGUCCACCAAGCCGUGUCUCUGGGUUUACCAGAUGCUUCCGGUCAUUGUGUUUCUGAUUUGACCUUUUCUGUUCUUCACAGGGUGGAGUUCCAAAACAAGUUUUACUCAGGCCAGGGCUUUAAGUUCCUCCCCUUCACCUUCGAAAGCAUCCUGGAUGGGAGGUUUGAAGACUAAGAUAUGAAGACUCAUCUUCCUCUGCUGUCACUCAUCUUUUGAUCAUCUAUCUAGUGUUGAAUGGUGAUUUUUCUGUGUGAUGCAGUUUUCAGCCUGUGGAGUGUGACCACAUUUGCAUGAGUGAACACUCCACAGGAAUGCAUCUGUAUCCGACUGAUAUCUACUUAAACUCUUCUCAUCUUGUAGGAUCAGUAUGUAAAACCUGCAACACCUGCUCUGAAUUCACUGUCAUUCCUUCAUUCUCGAGAAACAACAAAGUGGCUGUUAUGUAAUCUGUGUCAUGUUUUAGUGAAGUGAGAUUGUUUUACAUGUUUUAUUUAGUUUAAUAUUAUUUAUGCAUUUUUUUUUUCCUCUAUAAAAUCUGCAACUUUCCAGGAGAUCAGUAAGUUGCAGAUGAGCGAUGAGUAAAGGGACAGACAUGUUUACUGCCGGUUAUCUUUGUAUUAGUGUUGUCCUUGAGAAACAUCUUUUCUGACUGAUUUCCAACAUACUCCCACUCUGCACCUGCAGAAGCCUCUCUGACUCUGAAUACUGACCGCACAUAAAGAGCUGUGAAGGUCCAAAGGGAAUACGGCAACUUGCAUCGCUCAGUCAGUGCUUUGAAGAUGAAGAUGCACCGACUCUUGAAUCUAAUGCCCUUUGUGUUAUGUGAUCAAUAUCCUGUAACAAUAUCAUACUAAAAUAAUAAAGCUGGGUUUGUUCUGUAAGCUGAUCUCAGUUGUUAGAGUUUCAAAUGUCUUUACACCUCUGAAGGUUAGAACCGCUUUGAGUAGACAUGUUUGUAAAGAGUCAAUAAUUCAGGAAUCAUUCACAACUUCUUGUGCAUCUCUCAAUAAAUUUGACAGAGCUGGAUUAAAA